GGGAGGUGGUGGGCAGGAACUUGCUCUGAGGCUGGUCUGUUUACAGCCAAACAGCAUGGAAGAGGGCCGGAAGGAACUGAGGCCACAGGCCACAGACACCAAAGAGUCCACUGACACGGUCCUGGAGGUUGCAGGGAGGCUCUUCCCGGUUCACAGGUGGGCACUGGCCUGCCACAGCCAGUACUUUGAGGCCAUGUUCUUUGGGGGCACCCGGGAGCACACCCAGCGGCACAUCUGCAUCCAGGGGGUGGAGGCUGAGUCCUUUGGGGCUCUCCUGGACUUCACCCGGACGGGGGUCUUGCCCAUCUCCCGCCACAAUGUCUCUGCCCUCCUGGAGGCGGCUGACUUCCUCCAGCUGGAAGGGGCCAAGAGGCGCUGCGAGGCCUUUCUGGAGCGGGAGCUCCAUGUCUCCAACUGUCUGAGCCUCAUGGCCUAUGCUCAGCACUUUGCCUGCCCCUGGCUCCACUCCGCCGCCCGCCAUGUGGCCCUCACGCAUUGGGCUGAGGUGGUGGCCCAGGGGGAGUUGGAGGAGCUCCCCCAAGAAACGCUGGUAUCCCUGCUGCGCAGCGAUGAGCUCUUUGUGCCCCGGGAGGACCUGGUCUUUGAGGCCGUGACGCGCUGGGUAGCUGCGGACUUUGAGGGGCGUGAAGGGGCCUUCCUGAAGUUGGCAGGCCUGGUGCGUGCGCCCUUUCUCAGCCUCUCCUUCCUCGACCUCCUGGUGAAGAGGAGCCAGCGACCCGGGCAGGACCUCGUGGCCCAGCUGGUGAAGAAGCUGGAUGGGCAGCCGCCCCCCAACUGGAGGGGAGCAGCUCAGUCCGCCUGCGCCGGCCGAUGCUACGACACCAUCUUCGUACUGGCUGGGAAGCAUGACCAAGAGCAGCAGGAGCUACUCCAGUUCCAGCCCAAGACGGGUGCCUGGCAGGCUUGCUCUCCUCUCAAGCGCAGGAACCUCACCCAAUAUGCGGUGGCCGCAGUAGGCAACUUCCUCUUUGUGACAGGCGGCUAUUUCCGGGAGGAGUUUUUCUGGUCCACCGUGGACUGGGUCCUGAUCUACAACAGCUGGGAGAACAGCUGGCUGGAAGGGCCAGCCAUGAAGAAGGCCCGGAAUAGCCACUGCGCCGUUGGGGUGGGCUUCCAUCUGUACGUCUUGGGGGGCAGCACCGAGGAGGGUGGCAUCAUCUCUGACGUGGAGCGCCUGGCCCCCAUGGACUCGGCUUGGCAGAGCACCAGCCCCCUGAUCCACCCUGUGGAGCGGGCCGCUGCCAUCAGCGUGGGGACCCGGGUCUACGUGGUGUGCGGCCUGGACGAGAACGGAGAUGUCUGCCAGGCAGUGCAACGGCUGAAUGUGGAGACAGACGUCUGGGAUGUGGUGUCCCUCUCGCCACUUCCUCGGUAUGACAUCUGUGUCACGGCCCUGAAUGGUGCCAUCUACACUGUCGGAGGGGGCGCCUUUCGCUUUGACGCUGACACGGGCGAGUGGACCCCCGUUGAGGAGGAAUUCUUGGCCGGGAAGUUUUUUAAGGGCUGCAGCACGGCCAACGGGCGGAUCUACCUCCUGGCACAGAGACAGGGGAACGGGUUCGCUCCCAACAUGGUGGUCCUUGACCCUUACCUGGACUUGUGCCAGGAGGUGGACCCCAAGCUACCCUGCCCACUCCCCAUUCAUGCCAUGGCUGUCAUUCGGAGAUUUGACACCUGGAUGUGA